GCCAUCAUGGUUACAUCUAUGGCAUCCGGGAUCACCACCUCGAUCAUCCUCGAAACGAUCCUCCUCCGGUUAGGGGCCGAUCGGCUCUCUUGGCCGACUGCCGCUCGUACUGCGAUGGGGAUGAGUAUGGUGUCGAUGCUGGCGAUGGAGGUAGCAGAGAACGUGGUUGACUACCAUCUCACUGGUGGUGUGGCGGACUUUGGAAAUAUGCAGUUUUGGCUGGCAGCUGCGGUGUCGAUGGGAGCUGGGUAUUUGGCUCCCUUGCCGUAUAAUUAUCUGCGGUUGCGGAAGUAUGGGAAGGCUUGCCACUGAGUUCUCGGGGCAUCAAUGUUCUUAUAGAAGACCAUCGGUUUACCGAAGUAUAUACGAAUGGACCAGACAAGUGGUUUCUGGAACUGUCAUAGGAGAGCUAGUGGAUUUGAGAUUCCAUUAGCC